AAUGGCUUGGCUCGUCCCCAGAGCCACCCAGGCUCUGGCCAUUUUAAUGGUGUUUGUAUUGGUUCAUGGAGAAUUGCGGUUAGAGACAAAAGAGCCACAUGGAGAAGAUGAGACAGCAGUUCACCCGGGCAAAAGAAGGUACAAACGAGAAUGGAUUAAAUUUGCAACGCCCUGCAGAGAAAGAGAAGACAACUCCAAAAGAAACCCCAUUGCCAAGAUUACUUCAGAUUUCCAAAAAACCCAGAAAAUUACCUAUAGAAUUUCUGGGGUGGGAAUUGAUCAGCCCCCUUUUGGAAUCUUUAUUGUUGACCCAAACACUGGUGAAAUUAAUAUAACAGCCAUCGUUGACCGAGAAGAAACCCCAAGCUUCCUGAUCACCUGUCGAGCUCUAAAUGCCCUAGGACACGAAGUAGAGAAACCGCUUAUCCUAACGGUCAAAAUUUUAGAUGUUAAUGAUAAUGCGCCAGUAUUUUCGCAAAGUAUAGUCAAGGGUGAAAUUGAAGAAAACAGUGCUUCAAAUUCACUGGUGAUGAUACUAAAUGCCACAGAUGCAGAUGAGCCAAACCAUCUGAACUCUAAAAUUGCCUACAAAAUCGUCUCCCAGGAGCCCUCAGGAACACCCAUGUUCCUCAUAAGCAGAAACACUGGAGAAGUCCAUACUUUAUCCAAUGCUCUUGAUCGAGAGCAAUUUAGCAGCUAUCGUCUGGUUGUGAGUGGUGCAGACCAGGAUGGAGCAGGACUGUCAACUCAAUGUGAAUGCGAUAUUAAAGUGAAAGAUGUCAACGACAAUUUCCCAGUUCUUAAACAUCCUCAGUAUUCAGCACGUAUUGAGGAAAAUACUGUAAACUCGGACUUACUUCGAUUUCAAGUGACAGAUUGGGAUGAAGAGUACACAGAUAAUUGGCUGGCUGUGUAUUUCUUCACCUCAGGAAAUGAAGGGAAGUGGUUUGAAAUAGAGACUGACCCAAGGACCAAUGAAGGCAUCCUGAAGGUGAUUAAGCCUCUGGAUUAUGAACAGAUACAAAACAUGCAAUUUAGUAUUGCUGUCAAAAAUAAAGCUGAAUUUCACCGGUCAGUAGUCUCUCAAUAUCAAGUUCAGCCAACCCCAGUUAUAAUUCAGGUAAUAAAUGUAAAAGAAGGAAUUUCAUUCCGCCCUGCUUCCAAGACUUUUACUGUGAAAAAAGGCAUUAGCAGUAAAAAACUGAUUAAUUAUAUCGUGGGAACAUAUCAAGCCAUCGAUGAAGACACUAACACGGCUUCCUCAUCUGUCAGAUACGUCAUGGGUCGUAAUGAUGGCAAUUUGCUGACUAUUGAUUCAAAGACUGCUCAAAUCAAAUUCGUCAAAAACAUCGCCCGGGAUUCUACUUUCAUAGUUAACAAGACAAUCACAGCUGAGGUUCUGGCCAUAGAUGAAAUCACGGGUAAAACUGCCACUGGCACCGUACAUGUUGAAGUGCCUGGAUUUAAUGACAAUUGUCCACCAGUUUUGCUGGAAAAAGAUGAAAUCUGUAGUUCGUCACCUUCCGUGACUGUGUCAGCGAGAACCCUGGAAAGAGACAGAUACAUGGGUCCCUACAGGUUUUCAGUGGAGGAGCAACCUUUAAAGUUGCCAGUUGUGUGGAGAAUCACAAGCCUUAAUGCUACCUCGGCACUGGUAAAAGCCCAGCAGCAGUUAUCCCCUGGAGUGUACAGAGUCCCCCUCACAGUCACUGGCAACGAGGAGCAGAAGUGCGAGUCUUCAGAGACCUUGACACUGACGGUCUGUCAGUGUGACGACAGGGGCUCCUGUAGAGCUUCAAACACUGAUCCCCACAUCCAGCCCCAGAGGCAGCUGUCAAGGCUGGGGCCCAAUGCCAUCGGCCUGAUCCUUCUCGGGCUCUUGCUGCUGCUGUUGGUCCCUCUCCUACUGCUAACCUGUGACUGUCAAAGGGGUCCCACUGGGGGAGUGGCAGGUGGUUUUAUCCCAGUCCCUGAUGGUUCAGAAGGAACGAUUCAUCAGUGGGGAAUCGAAGGAGCCCAACCUGAGGACAAGGAAAUCACAAAUAUUUGUGUGCCACCUAUAACAACUAAUGGAGUAGAUAUUGUGGAGAGUUCUGAAGUUUGUACAAAUACAUAUACCGGAGGGACAGUGGUGGACGGUGUUUCCGGAAUGGAACUGACCAAGGUUGGAGCAGCUGCCUCAGGAUUUGGAUCAGCAGCUGGCCAUCUGGGACUUGAAACUAUGAGGACAAGGCAUUCAACCGGGGGAACCCUGAAGGACUAUGCAGAGGGGGCCAUAAACAUAAAUUUCCUUGAUUCCUACUUUUCUCAGAAAGCAUUUGCCUGUGCAGAAGAGGAGGGUGUCCAAGAAACCAAUGACUGCUUGCUGAUCUAUGAUGACGAAGGCAUAGACGAUGCUCCUGAUUCUCCCGUGGGAUCCCUGGGUUGCUGUAGUUUUAUUGUUGAUGACCCGGAUGACAGCUUCUUGGACUCACUUGGCCCCAAAUUUAAAAAACUUGCAGAGAUAAGCCUGGGUAUUGAUAAGGAAGCCAAACAAGUUCAACCACCCCCUUCAUACAGUGGUGCUGGGAUUGACCACAAGAGUCAAUCUUAUGGGAUUGAGUCUUGUGGUCAACCCCUUGGGGUCGACCCUUGUAGUCGACCCAUAGAAGUCCAGCAGUCAGAACUUGAGAGGUACCAGACUUUUCUUGGCAGUCAAGGAGUUCAUGCUUCGUCAACCUAUGGGUCGCUCCAGCCAGCCAUUCCCAUCCCCGACCCUCUGCAGCAAGGUAACUAUUUGGUAACGGAAACUUACGCAGCUACAAGUUCCUUUAUGCAACCUACCACUGCAGUCUUUGAUCCACUUCUCACACAAAAUGUAACAAUGACGGAAAGGGUGAUUUGUCCCCUUUCCAAUAUCCCUGGUUCCACAGACCCACGAGGUUCAUGCAAUAUGCUUUGUACUGAAGAUCCUUGUUCCCGUCAGUAACCAGAAUGAACAAAAAUAACAUACUGGCCAACAAUUUGGACCAAAUUAUUUAAAAUAAUGUAGCAGAGCUCACGGUUUUGGCCUAUAGUGACAUUUAUUAUAUAAUACUCUCAUAAACUAGCCAUGAUGACAGAUUAAAUAUUCUGGUUCAUACCACAAACAUGGAUAUGUUCUCACUCUUAAUUCUCUAAUGUUUUUCA